AUGUCAACACAUGACGAAUCUCCAGUACGAGAUUCAAAUCCUACGAUUGACGAUCUAUUUGGAAGCGGAGGAGGAGAAGAAAUAGCAACAGCGCAUGACCACGAGGACGAUUUCUAUGCAUCCAUUCAACAGAAUCAUCCAAUAACUCCGUAUGAUCAACACGAGAAUUUAAAGAUUGAUGAUAUAAACUACCCAACACACGAGGAAGAUGGGGAAACUGGGAAUCAAGAAUUGAGUAAUGAAGUCGACACAAUUGCGGAACAAUUAUGGCCAGAUCAAGCAAGUCAAGAUCAGCCACAAGAUCAUAAAGAGCCUGGUUUUUUGCCUCAUGACCAUGAUGACCACAAUGAUGAUGAAGGCGAUUCAUUUUUCAACAACCUUUCUGUACCUCAACCAAGAGAAGUUUUUCGAAGUAGUAUUGAUACAACCGAGCAUAUAGAAGUUGCGUCUCAAGAAGAGCCAGAAGAUCAUCAACCAACAACACUCGAAGAUCAACACAGUGGAGCUGAUGACCAUUCGUUUACACAAGCGUUGGAAUUAGGUGAAGAGGUUAAUCCCCAAGUCGAAAGCAAUGAUGUUGAUACUGAUGAUGGUGAUGGAGAGUAUCUGAAAUUGCCGCUGUCUCCACCACUGAAUGAGCUUGAUUUAGACAACGAUAGUUUAUUUAAUGAGUUUCCAGCUAAUGAGGAGGGGGAACAAGGUGAUGACAGAGAUGAGUUGGAAUUACUUUUGGGUGGAAGAGAUGAACUUGCUGAUCAAGCGAAUGAAGUUCAACAAGUGCUUCAAGAAGAAUCACAAGAUGUGCCUUCGAUUCACGUACAAGAGGAAAAUACAGUAGAAGAUGAUAAAGUUGCGGAGCAUGAGGAUACACCACAAGUCGAGCAAACCAAUAUAAGCGAACCCGCAACUGAAUCUAAAUUGGAUGAGUUGUUCCAAGAUGAUGCUGAUGACGGUAUCGAUUUCUUACAGCAUUUGAGUGCAAAAAGUACUAAUUUAGCUGCGGAUGGUAACAAUGACAAUGCUGGUGCCAGUUUGAACGAUGAUAACACAAAAUCUGAGAUAAUUGGUAAAGUCAAUACAAAAGAACCAGCUGAUGAACUUGCUAAUAAACUCGCUGACUUGGAUUUGGAAUUGGAUGAUGAUCUUUUGCUUGAUGAUGACUUUUUGGAGGAGACACCAGCCCAAGUUCCAACACAAGCUCCUGUUCAAGCUCCCGCGCGAGCCUCAACCCAACCAAGGUACAUGCCACUGAAUCAAAGACCAAACUUGUAUGCGCAACAGCCACCAACGGCUUCCCAACAGGAUGCUUCCACUUUUGUACAAAAUUUGGCGAGCUCAAAAAAGAAGAGUGAUGCAUAUGACUUUCCUGAUGAACUAAUUGUUAACAAAGUCAAACCUGCACCUAGACAUAUGGUAAACAAGUAUGCGCCUACUGCAGGAGUUUCACAAAGCUCAAUAGAGACAUUGAAUUCAACAACCCAUGCUGCUGCACCACCUCCAGCUCCACAUGCAUCUACAUUAUCGAGAUCUUCAUCUCAGUCACAAACCAAGGAUAAACCUUUGCCACCACCUCUGCAGCAAAAGAAAUCUUUUUUCGAGGAUUUCCCCGAUAGUGGUUUGCCAAAACCUAAAAAGGCUGCCAGAGCUGCUGCUCCAGUCAAGGCUGUCAAUCAAUACCAUCCGGUUACAUCGCCGGUUCAGCAACACAUUCAACCUUCAAAUGCUCCAUCAUUGCAAAGCCAAGUACUUCCAAAAACUAGUAAUAAACCACCUCCGAUAAACCCAUAUAAGCCGAAAACAGGUACAUCUCCAAUUUAUCAACAGCAUAUACCAAGUGUUGGGCAUAGUGGUAUUGCUAAACCUGGUGUGAAUGUGCCACCGCCACAUUUAGACACUAGCCCCAACCACCCUGCAUAUACUUUCCCUCCAAGUGCUGGGAACAUUAACCAACAAUUGCAAUAUCAACCAGCUUCGCAUUCAAUGCAGCAAGGAGCUCAGCACACGAAGGCUAUGCCACCGCCUUCAAACAUGUACGCACCUGCUUCAGGUCCAGCACCGCCAGGUCAGCAACCAUUUCCACCCGUGAACAACCCUCCUCCAGCUGCUCCUCAUAGUGCACCAGGAAAUAGAAAAGCGUCGCAUUCGAUAAAUACCAAUGUGGGAAGAUCGGGACUGCCUAAUUCAAACAGCCCCUACGUUCCAAAUGCUGGUCCCUAUGCACCACUGAAUCAACCGAAAUCUCACAAUCGUACAAACUCACUUGUUGGUGGUAAGGGUAAAGAGAUUAAUCCAUAUGCUCCAGUAAUAUCGCCUGUGGUUAGUGAUGGAUCACCGCUAUUAUCAAAUCAACAAACUCAACCGGUAGCAGCUCCAUCCAUGGUACCACCCCCUGGAAGAGUGCGCGGAUUUUCAAAUUCAAGGCACAGUAACAUUUACAAAACCGCUCCCAAGGUUGUCAAUCCUGAAGACUUGGUUCAUAGACAAUUUCCCGUAUUCAAUUGGAGCACCUCCCAAAAUGUUGCUGUUGUGAGAGUCAAUAAAGCAUACAAUCACCCGGUAGUUAGUGUUGAAUCGAUCAGCAAUUUGUGCAAGGACAAGGACUUGUAUGCCAAUUUCCCAGGUCCGUUAGUGAAAGGUAAACUGAAAAAGAAGGAUAUUUUGAAUUGGUUGGUGGUGGCUGGUGAUUAUUUACGUGCCAAUGCAUUAGAACAAGAGCUUUUAUUGAAUGACAUCAUGACACAACUUGUCAAUUUCGAUGGUAAUUUGACCUCACACGAUUGUUUAAAAGAAAUUUGCCUUGUUUUGAAUCCAAAUAUCAACUUCAGUAUCCAAAAUUUCCCCAUGACUGGAGGAACUGCUAAUGCAUACAAAUUGGAUAGUGCAAGCAUAAAUACAGUUUUUGCAUUGAUUCAAGCAGGUCAUAUUGAUAAGGCAUUAGAGUAUACAAUUACCAAGGGAGACUGGUCCAUGGCUCUAGUCCUUGCUAAUUUUAAUGGUGUUGAAAGUUUUGCUAGAAUUGCGUCCGAAUAUGCCAGAAAUGCAUUCCCAUUUUCUAAAGCCAACAACAAGGUGUUGCAUAUUAUGCCUGUUUUAUUGAAAGUUCUUGCAGGUAAUGUGCAAAGUGUCAUUGAGGAUUUGACUAGCGUGGUGAAUGAAGGAGACUAUGCUGAUUUACAUUGGAGAGAUAUUGUAUCAUCGGUAGCAAUGAUUAAUACUGUGAAAUCAAAGGAAUUUUUAAUCGAAUUUGGUAAAUUAUUAAUCACUCGUGGUAAUCAGUUGGGUGGAGAAGUUUCAUUUAUAUUGGCUGGUUUACCUCUUGGUCAACAAGGAUUUAUGGUGAUUUCAUCAGGAUCAAAUUCAAUGUACACUCAAUUAUACGAGUAUGUUUUAGCCACUAAUGGCAAGUCGUCAUCAUUGCCUCAUUUGUUACCAAUCAAAUUGAAACACGCAUCCACUUUGGCUGAUUAUGGAUUGAUCAACGAAUCACAAAAGUAUAUUGAUUAUAUCAAUUCGAUUCUUAAAGCCUUGGGUAAUAGAUCUCCAUUUGUGUCUCAACAGUUGGUUCAGGAGUUUCAAAAUCUUAUAAUGAGAUUAAGUGAUUUGGGAUCAACUGAACAAGGUGGAUGGUUUGGAAGUAAAAUGAGCAAAGUCAAUUUGGAUAAAGUUUGGGGUCAGAUUGACAAGUUCAUUGCUGGAGAUGAAGCUAAGCCAAAGAGUAGUGAUAACGGUGUGUUUAGCAAAUUUAGUCCAGCAACGUCAAGAAAUACAUCAGUUUUGGAUUUGGGUACGUUGCAUAGUCAUGUUUCACCGGCAAUGAGGACACCAGAUACAUUUGAUAGAAAACCACCAACGACUCAUCAUGCAACUUAUCCAUUGGGUAGUGCCAUUGGUGGUGCUGCUACAUCCAGCGCAUUUGCUCCGCCAUUAGUAUCGCAAUUGUCUUCGACAUCUGUCAACAAGUAUGCGCCACCGAACUUGGCUGCCAAUUCUUCUUUCCAAAACAAUACCGUUGCUGGAGCAGCUACCACACCUAGUGCAGUUCCACAUACUGCGGGUCCAGGAUCUGAUAGGUAUUCACCAUAUGUGCCACCAGCUAGUAACACUUCCCAAUUCCAUCCAAUGCAUGAUUCUGCUCAUCAAGCGUUUCCUCAAAGUAAAGGGUUUUCACCCUCUGGUCGCAAAACUGCUUCCUAUCCAUACACAAAUCAUGCAGCACAAGUGUCUACCUCAUCGCUUGGCUCAAUUCCUCUGCAUUCUCAACAUAACCGUCAACAUCAACAUCAAAAUCAACAUCAACUUCAAAAUCAACAUCAACAUCAACAUCAACAGCAGCACCAACACCAACAGCAGCACCUGCAUGGUCAGAGUAACUCCAUAUCGAGUGUCAUUUCCGGGGAUGCUUUCCAGCAUAGUGUCGCAGCCACUAAAGAAGGUGUGGAGCCGCCAACUGGCGAGUCACCAAAUGUGCAGAAUGAGGAUGAGAGGAUUGAAACGAUUACGGAAUCACCCGAGUUAAAAGCAACCGUACAACUGCUGUCUGAAGCUUUGCAGAACCAAAUGAGUACAUCAUCGAAACCGCCAUCAUUGAAGAAAUUGCUGCCGCACAAAGUCGAAACCAACGAGCCUGCUGAAGUAUCACAACCAUCUAAAAGCACUGAUUUGAAUGAACCAAUUACUGAAAAGCUCGAUCCCGAGGAACCAGAUAAGAAUGAGGAUGUAGCUGCUGCACCACCUCCACCUCCCAUGCCUAAAAUCAAGUCGGCUCCACCUACCGUGCGAGCUAAUCCUUACGCGCCAAAGGCCGGAGCCAAACCGGCCACUAGGAGAAAUAAGUAUGGUCCUGCGGCUGUUGCAACAUCAUCGAGUAGCAAGUACGGACCACCUGGGGUACCAUCUGUCAACCAGAAUGGCAACACAACCGGAGGUGAAAAUGAUAUGAAACCGGCUCCAACUGUACAAGAGCCCAUUCCACAAAACCCACCAACUAAUAUCGAUACAAGUUUUGGUAUUUACUCAGAGCCCCAGAGAGAUGAGUCCAAGCCAAUUGAGCAGGAGGAAAACACAGCUCCACCUUUGCGACAACCGGCAGAGGGUGUAAUCUCUGGCAUAGAUGAUAGUUUUGAAGAGCCUUCGCUUGCUGAGUCGACAAAUAUAUUGAAUACACCACGGUCAAGACCAUUGAGGUUGAACCAAGGGCGUAGUGCAUAUGAUCCAAUGAAUCUACCUAGAUCGAGUGUCGUGACACCGGGAUUCGUUGAUGAUAGCAGGGGGCCUGCAUUAGAUGGAUUUCCCAUCCCUGGAAGUCCAGAGUCAACCACACGUGCCAAUUCUGUUUUUGGUGGUACUCAUGGCCCAUCGCAUGGCGGUGGUGGUGCAUUGUUUUCCUCCAGAUUGUCCCAGUCACAACAAAGUGCAUUAUACCAACAAUACGAAGUUCAAGAUGAUACUGUUCGUGAUUAUGUGCCAGUGAUUGAAGAAGAGGAUGAUGAAGAUGAAUACGAUACUGAGGCAAGGAAGAAAAAGGCGAAAAUUGAUGAGCAGAAUGUAAAGAUUAAACUGGAAAAGCAAAACCAAGAUGCUGGCUCGUCUAAGGAGCAGGAGCAGGAGCAGAAGAAGCAAAAACAAAAGCAGGGCAAAGAUGGUUGGCUUACUGGGUUAUUCUCCCGAAAUGAUGGUAAAGAGAAGCCAACAAGAGCACAUUUGGGAAACCGAAGCACAUUUUAUUAUGAUGAGAAGCACAAGAGAUGGCUAGAUAAGUCUAGGUCGAUUGAGGAGCAAUUAAAAGAAGGCCAAGCACCCCCACCUCCACCAAGCAUGAAGAAGAAGCCUGCCGCGCCGGCAGCUGGACCGCCAAGACCUGCAUCUAGUGGUGCGCCUCCACCAGCAGCAUCACCAGCAGCACCACCAGCAGCACCACCAGCAGCACCACCAUCAUCAUCGUCGGCAUCGUUGCCGAAUGCUAAUUUACCACCUGCACCUGAUACCUUGGCACCAACACCUGCUUCUGACAAUGCAACUGGUCAAUCUAGUUUGACGACUCCGAGACCAACACCCAAACCUAAGUCUAAACUUAAAACAAGAGGUGCAGCAGGAGGUGCUAGUGGGGGCACCGACUUGGCCAGUGCUGGAUUAGAUGAUUUAUUGUCAAUGAGUGAAGGAACUGGAGGAGGUGGACGUAAAGCCAAACGUGCUGGACGUAGAGGUUACGUUAACGUGAUGGACAAGUAA